AUGAUAGAAAAGAAGUAUAUCAAUCAAGAUAUGAAUAUUGAGCUGACUUCAUAUAUUGAUAAUAAGCAAAAUGUUUGGUUUAAGGGUAAAGAUAUCGCUCAGAUCCUUGGUUAUAGUGAUACUGAUCAGGCUAUUAGAAAACAUGUAUCUGAAAAUCACAAAAUAAAACACAGCUAUAGGCAACCCGUCGAAACGAUGGGAUGGUCUGAAACCUAUUUUAUUGAUGAAGCCGGUUUUUAUGAACUUGUUUUUAGCGCAAAAUUAGAAACAGCAAAAAAGUUCCGCGAUUGGGUAUUCACACAAGUCCUCCCAUCAAUCCGUAAAAAUGGCCAAUACAAACUGUUUGACAGUCCCUGGAAUAAGAUGAUUAUGAUUGGCAAUAAAACUGACCUCCAUUAUAAAGUAGUGGACCUCAUAAGGAGAUAUUAUCCAGAUUCCAUAUUAGUGGCCGGUCUGGGUGAAAAUCAGGAUACUGAGGAUAAUAGACUAGAUUCAUUUAAAAAGGGAUAUACGAGAGGACAGCCUGAUCUAUUAGUACUUGAUUAUCACAAAGAUUAUAAAGGCCUAGGUAUAGAAUUCAAGAGUCCUACAGGUAACUACUAUGUAUCAGAAGCCCAAAAGGAGAUGAAGAAGAAGUACGUUAAUAAUGGCUAUGCAUUUAUACUCAGUAAUGAUUACGAUAGAAUCUGCAAAAAUAUUCAUGAGUAUAUGAAAGGCAUCAGAGUACCGUGUAAGAGCAGUUGUCUGUAAGAUUCGAACUAUAUUGAAAAGUCGCUGCCACACUAUCUCACCGAAUUGGCUAAAAAGUGGCAUGUAGAUUUGAUUUGGGGUCUUUAAUAAGGAAUUGGUAACUUUAGAUUCUAACUCCUCCCAUUUCGGAAAUUAUCGACAUGGCCGGUUUUUGGGUGCUUCGGACCGGCGCCAUAUUGGUUAAUAGAAACUGUUUUUGAGCCUUCGACUACAACCCUGUCUUCAAAGCUAAUCUGCCUUUGCCGAUACACAUAGAGAGAACUAUCCCUCUUCAUUGUAUUUUUGGAAACUACUUGGAAAUUGAUAACGUUUUCGCAACGAUCGAUUAAACGUUUGGUUGGUAUACUUUUUUAGUUUUUUACAUCUGCAAAAUUAACAGAAAUUCAAAGGCGUAUAUCUACGGUGGCCCAGAAGGGUCACACAUGCAAAUUAAAAAUAUUGCUGCAACUUAAAAAUAGUACAUGCAAACUAAAAAUUGUACAUGCAAACUAAAAAUAUUACCUGCAAAUUAAAUGUAGUAGAUGCAUACUAAAAAUUGUGCUGCAAAUUGAAAAUAGAAAAGAUAUCGAUGCAAAUUAAAAAUGAAAAGUCCUGCGCGUGCAGUAUGAGUGAUGAGGACCUGGUGCGAGCCGUGCGACCUGGCCUUACAUCCGUCGGCCCAUCCAUGUUUCAUGUUUGUAAUAUGUUUAGUUUGCAUGUACAAUUUCUAAUUUGCAUGUCCUAUUUUUAAUUUGCAUGUGUGACCCUUCUGGGCCACCGUAUAUAUCUCUCUUGCAACAUCGCAUUGAAGCUUGCCACUCUGUCUGAAUACUCAUUGUUUGUAGUUAAAUCGAGUGCGUUAAUAAAAAAAAUUGGACAAAUUUAACGGAGCAGAAACAAAAGUAAUGAAUGAAAGAGUGUUCUAGCGAUUUUGUCAUUAAGCUUUGCACCGAAUACUCGCCAAGUGUAAACAAAAUGCAACUGGAAUUUUCCUGAUUUUCCUCCACUUCCUUUAUCGAACGAGAGCUUUUAAAAUUAACCAUAAUAAUGACAAUUGCAAUGUAUUACCUUACUCGACGACAAAGAUGCCAAUUUCCAUCUUGAUCGAAAAAAAGUAAUCUUUUCCCUCGCAUAUCGCGGGUCGUCACGUUCCUUGCAUGGCGUUACAACUUACGUGAAACCGCCUGGUUUCAAACAACUGAAUUGAGGAAUCCGUGAAAAUCUUAGCCAGGCAAUAAAUAAUGGAAGUUGAUAUAAGUCAUUAUUAUUAAUCAAGAAUGAAUACCUAUUCAGAGGAAUUUCACAGUUUACAAUGGAUGAUGUUCCUAAUACUUCUUUUCUAAUAGCAAAACCUUUGUUAAAUGAUGGUCUUCUUUUAGCUAAUUGAUUAGUUCCACUUACCAUAAAUUCAUCUGCUGAAGGAUUAAUUGAGGUGUCGAGAAAGUAAAAUUCGUUUGAAGCAAUACUAUCAGCGUAUUGUCUAUCAUAUUCAAGCAAAUUUUUGAUAUUUAUAACUUCAUUUGCAUAAUUACAAUCAUAAACUUCUCGCCCAUUAAUACUAAAACUAAUUGAAUGAGCGCCAUUUACCAUUCCGUUAUUAUCAUUAACUCUUACCAAGUUUCCGUUUAAUGCUGUUAGUUUAAAGCUUAUUAAUAGUCUGGCGUUAUACCAGUCAAGUGAGGUUUUAUUAACAAAAAAUCCAAUUACAUCUCUUUUUUGAUAAGAAUUGUUAGCUGGAUUAUCAAGAUCUCCUUCAGGAUAAAAAAAAACUUCUUCAUACCUAUUAAUGUUGUUUGAACUCAUUUUAUGUAAUGGUUAUACAAAGCGAAGCGAGCCCAAAGCAAAGCUCUAAGCUCUAAGAAGUAGCUUUCCAUCUUCUUGUUUUAUUUCUGCCUCUCGCUCGUGAAGAACAACAGCAUAAAAGUUAUAAUCAGCGUCUGGAUUGGCUGAUAGUUCGAAAUGAAACGCUAGCUUUGUUACUCCAUCUUUGAUGUCCAUUUUUUGUUUUGUUAGAUCAAAGUAAAUAAUUGGAUAAACUUUUUUGUAGGUGCCCAUAUCGAGAAUUGUUCCACCUUGAAAGUCGUUGUUAGCGUGAACAUACUCCAAUAGGCCUCUAAAAACUCUUGUUAAAUCUGUAGACGGUUUAUAGUGAAAAUCAGGAUAUUCGUUUCCAUUUCCAACCUCGAGAUAACAACGUGUUACGUUAGCAUUGUUUGGUAAAUUACCAAAAGUAUGAUAUAUAAAGGGAUUGGCUGUUUGUGCGUUAAUUCUUGCUGUGUUGAUAGCCCAAACAAAUACAUGGCGUGGUUUUGAAAUAGCUGUUGUAAUUCUGUAAUGGCCUGUUUGUUGCUGUAGAUUAUUUGAUGUAUGAAUUACUUCAUUAAGAUAAGUCCAUUUGUAAGGUUUAAGAUAAUUUUCCAUGUAUAACUUUUGACCUUCUGCGUUAAAAGUUAACUUUGGAAUAUAUAACUGAAGUCUUUUUAUAAUAACUCUACAGUCGGCUGCACCGUGAAAUAUUAAAUUUGCAUCGCUCUCGAUUGCAAAAUUUAGUUCAAUUUUUGUGUUAGGAAGUAGUUUGUCUUCUAAUGCUUCAAAGAAAGAGUACCUAUUAAGAGGUAUUUCACAACUGACUUCAACUGAAGUACCUAGUACUUUUUUCCUUAACCCUAUUCAGACUGGGCUUUUUUGGUCAAUCUGUGACUGGGGGGCUCCUCAGACCCCCCCUCUGUAUCUCUGGAACCAAUAAUGCUAGGGUCAUGAAAUUUACACACAACGAUCAUCUCCGUACAAAGAAGCCCCACACCCAGUUUUGACUUGCCACGCCCAAUGAUGACGUCACAGUGACGUCAUAUUCCGAUUUUUCAAUGUUUCUUAUUAUUUUUCCACUUAGAUACGUAAAAUAUCAAUAAUAUUGGUAAAGUCAUCUCUUUGUUAUCCUUUCUUAUGAACUAGUAACAAGGAAACACUUGUACAGCGAGAAAAAGCAAUAGGAAGCAAUAAAAUUUAAAAUUUGAAAUGAUUGUCCGCCAUCUUGGAUCCGCCAUCUUGGAUUUCCGUUUUUUUGUUAACAUUAUAAUUUAAAGCAACUUUCAAAGGGGAAAAAGCUCAGAAUGUAUAAAAGAAGUAUCAAACUAAUGUUUAUUACCCAAACAAAUGACUUUGGAAGUGUUAUUUGGAAAAUAGAGCAGCAUAUUUGUCAAAGCAAAAAAGUGACAAAUUUUACCCCACCCCUCCCCCCCAAAUAUUCGAUGUUGAAACAUUUUGAUGUAAUUCAAAAACUAGUCCCAAGCAAAGACCAUUUUAACAACAAAAAGCACUAUAAGUGUAAAAACGCGAUCUUAAAACAAAAAAAAUCACCAUCUUUUAAAUUUUCCAAAACCUAUGUGUCAGAAACUGGUUGCCAUGGCAACAUGAUUAAUCACAUGGACAUGGUAAUUAUACCAAAAUGUUCCUAGAUAAAUUUUAGGAAAAGUCAGAAAAUUUGAACGUCAUAGCUCUUUCGGUGUAGGAGUUAUCACGUUUUUGCCGGAGGGGGGGGGGGUUCGAAAAGCCCCCCCCCCAGUCUGAAUAGGGUUAAAGCAAAACCUGUAUUAAAUUCUGCAUUAGUAGGAUCUCUCUGUGAUUCACGCGUAGUAUCAGGAUAGUAAAAUUCUUUGGCUCCAAUACUUUUUGCAUAAGAGGGGGAGUACUCAAGCAAAUUUUUAAUAUUUGCAACAUGAUUUGCUUCAUUACAACUAUAAACUUCUUUUCCAUUUGCCAGGAUAGUUAAUUUUUUUAUAAAUGAGUUAGAACCAUUUACAAUUCCGUUUCUGUCAGCAACUGCUAUAUUUCCUCCAGCUAAUAGUCCUACUUUAAAAUCCAUUGACAUCCUCGCGUUAUACCAAUCAAAUGGAGUGGCCUCUCCCUUAUUAUCAGCGAUAAAUUUAAGGUUUGGAGCUCUAACUUGUGCGGCGUUAUUAGCUGGGUCUGCUGUAUUUAUUCCUUGUUCAAGAUCAAAUAUAACAUCUUCACAUCUCUCAAGAUAUUUUGGGUUUCUGAACGAUUUCAUUUUGCCAAGUAAACUUUUAUAUUAAUAGUUAUAUAAUUUUCUUAAGUUUUCCAAAUAUUGGUUAUAUUCCUUUUCCUUCAUUUUACGACUUGUUUUUUUGGAGGUAGGGGGAUUUUCACGAGAAAGUAUUUUUACUAUUUUAUCACCCGCUUUUUUGUCGGCAAAAGUCACUUUUUUGGGAGGUAAAGGUGGAGGCGCAAGCGGUUUACGCAUUGAGGAUUUACGAGUUGGUUUAAAAAAGGAUUUUACUGAAUCCAUUAUUCCUUCUCCCCAAAUGUGUUGUUUAGUGUAUUUUCCCAUUUCUGGGUCGUAUUUUCUUUUAAACUCUGAUUGUCGCAUCAUUUUAUCUAUAGAAUUAUAACAAAGAAUUUUCUUCAGUAUGGCGAAGCAACAACGUCAUAAACCAAUCAAGAACGUUGAGGUCAAUACUCUUCCCGAGUGAAUCAGUGAUUUAUAUUCUCAUUUCAGAAAUAUAAUUAGAACUCACAGGGCAGUACAAUUGCCUCCUUGGUUCGAAAGUGAAUGGAAAACUCCUCGUAAGAUUAUCAGUUGGAAUAACGGAAAUUGUGUUUGUAUUUACUCCAUUUACAACGGAGUCUUUUAUAGCGGUUGUGUUUAUGUUUAAUGAGUCAAUCGAUUUUGUAAUAUUAGGGGGGCGUGUUCCAUUGUCUGUUUUAGUCACCAGUUUCUUUUCAAACCCGAUGAGGUCUCCAAAAUCUGUUCCCCUUAGAUCAAGUUGAUAAUCACCAUCAAGUGAUACCAGUACUCGAUACGUACUCAGAAUAAAAGUCAAAUUAAUUGAAUACACCUUUGCUCCUUUGGAGUCUGUUGAAUGAUGAGACUUUUGAUCCAUGUAUUGAUGGAUAUAAUCAUUUAUAUCAGAGUAGGAACACAUUCCAUCUGUAAAAGUAAUUGUAUGCCAUGUUGAUGCAUCAUGGGUGUAUUUGAGGGUAUUGUUUUUGUGAUCACUUCUGAUGUUGUACCAAGAGUAUGUCAUCGACAACCUGUUCAGGGCGAGAAAAUGCCUGUAUUCUGGGUCAAGUUUCAAAGGAGAAUUGAAUUUAACUAUAAAAUCAUGGGGUUUGUUUGUUCCUAUGGCCUCUCGUUUAACAGAGGAAAUAUGAAUCACGCUUUCAUUCAUUUAUUAUAUAUUUACAUACUUUUUUAACAUUUUAUUAAGCUGUUUAUUAGAAAUAACUCCAAGGUCUCUAAGACGAUGAGCAAUCUGAAUGUAUUCAGGCAAUACACUAUUGUUUCCUGCAGCAAGAGACACGCCUAAUAAUUCAAGUCUGUUUAGUAGUUCUUGGGGGUUGUAUUGUUGAAUAUAAUUGGACUUUUCCAAAUUCCUGUGCCUGUUUGGUAUCUAUAGUUUAAUUGCUCUCUAAAAGUAUUUCUAUAGUUUUUAAGAUCUUUUUUAUAUUUACUAAAUCUUCUUAUUUCAUUUUGGUAUUCUGGAGUUGGAUUUUUUUUUUCUUUUCAUUCCAUUAAUUCUUCCUGUUACAGAUUGCACUUGUUGGUCUAAUUGGGGGGAUAAUUGUGUUAAAAAGCGUGUAUCAUAUUGAUCUAAAUCUUCUAAUGGUGGUAAAAAUAAAUUUUGCAUUUGUUGGAAAUCAUUAUAAUCUUGCGCCUGCGACUGCGACUGCGACUGGGGUUGUGGGGGUAGUAUAUUUGAAGCACUUAAUGACUGUGAUGGAUAUACUAAACUCGAAGAAGGUAAAGUUGUACUUUCUUGAGGGAAUGUUAAACUCGAAGAAGGUAUAGUUGAUGGAUUAAAACUACUUGCUGGUUGUAAUGUUAAACUUGAAGAAGGUACUAUAGUUGAUGGAUAUUCUAAACCAGAUGAUUGGGGGAGUGUUAAAUGUGAAGAAGGUAAAGACGACGGUGGAUUAAAGCUAGAUGAUUGAACACGUGGCACUGACAUUAACUGUGCUCCUGCUGAGCAGAACGACUAGCGGCUGCUUGCGAUGCUAAAUCCGAUUGGUAUUCCAUUGGAUAAGGAGAACUAGACAUAGAAAAGGAGGGAUGAGUGGAUGACCAGAUUCCUGUUUGAUUUGGAGUUACUAAUCCUGGAAACACAUCUGAUGAUCUGACAUAUUGAGAUUCUGGAAAAACAUCAGAAGAUCGAACACUCGGAGUAAAUGAACUUUUAAUAAUAUCAGCCGCACCUUUUAAUGGUUUAACUACUAAAUUAGAUACACCAGAUGAAGCUAAUUUUCCUAAAGCCGAUGCUGAUGCAGAUGAUAGAUCUCCUACAGCUGAAGCGAGGUCUCCUACAACGGAAGAAGUACUACUACUACUCACUGGCUCCGUUAGUAUUUCUCUUUGAGCUUGUUGUUCUCUUGUAUUUCUUUGUUUAAUCGUUGUGAUUCUCUAUUUAUGUUUUGAAGAGCUACUGUUCUCUCUCUUUCUUGAGCUAGUUGUUGUUGUAAAGCUGUGAUGGCGUCUUGCUGUGCCUGUGGCUGUGGUUGCGCCUGCGCCUGUGGCUGUGCCUGCGCCUGUAUUAAUUUUUGUCGCAGUUGAUUAAGACGUUCUUGUUGUUGCUGUUGUUGCAUUUGUUGAUUAAAAAGCUCUUCUUCUUGUUGUUGUUGUGCCCACCGUUGGUUUAGUAGUUGUUGUUGUAAAUCUUGUAAUUGCUGUUGUUGGCGAAGGUCCUCUUGCUGAUCACGAAUAUCAUCUAAAUCCUGCUGGUUUAUGAUAGCAGGUCUCCUCCGCCUUUGCGGGUGUCGCAGUCUCCGUGGGCGUCGUGGUUGAUCUACAUAGUUUCUUGCAUCGAAAAACUGGUCGUCGUCGUCGUCGCUGGGGUCACCGUCGUCGACUCCUCUUCUGUCGUCUCCGCUGUCGCCACCGUCCCCGCUGUCGCCGUAUAAAAUUAUCCUGCCGUCUCUUCCCCUAGGAAAUCUGUCAGCAUACCUACCUUGUGGUUGUUGAUCUUGCUCCGCUUGCUCCGCUUCUUCUAUUCUUGCAUUAAGUCUUUGUAAUUCAUCUAACAUCAAAUUUUGUGUUUUAGUGCUUGCGUCUUGUGACUCCAAAAGUACUUCAAAUGCUUCUCUAAAAGCUUCACGCGCUUUUUGCUUUUCAAGCUCUUUACGCUUUAUGUUUCGUCUGACUAUCUUUGUAAGAAAAUCAGCCUCGAUUUUAUCUUGUGAAAGUUUUUUGGCUUGGGAAACUUCCAUUUAGCUAAUACCCAGAUAGAUUUUCAUUUUUUUCAUCAUUUUGUUUAGUUCUUUUGCUGGUAAAACUUUGAUUGAGUUUAGAUACUUUGCUAUCUGAGUAAACUCCGGCACAACUCCAUUGUUUCCAGCCAUAAUACUCCCCCCAAGCAGUUUAAGUCUGUCAAUACGUUGAUUAGGGUUUCUAAUACCUUGUCCUGUUUUAGUUUAUCUUGGUAUUUCUUUACUAUAUUUUAUCAUAUUUAAAUAUUCUUUAAGUGCCCUUUUUUGUAUUUUAAGAUUUUCCAUAUACAUUUUUUCGUCUUCACUUUUACCUUUUUUUUUUAUAAAGUUUUGCAUGUUCUUUUCCUGCCACUUUUAAGUGAUCUUCUGCUUGUAUUUUUUUCCCUUCUAAAUCACAUUCUCCUUGGCCUAAUAAUUUAUCAGGGGGUAUUAAUCCAAGAUUUUGAAUUUCACGUAGUUCAUUUUCACCAAAAUUUUUAAGAGGAUCUAAUUCUAAUUUUUUUGAGUUUUUUUUUUCCAUUUUUACUUGUAGAUGGUUUUUUUCCAAAUUCUUCUUCCUCAUCUUCAUCUUCAUCUUCAUCUUGUUGUCCCUGCAUUAAAGCUAACAGAGCUUUUUGGUUUCCUACUAGGCCAUCCGUAA